AUGGAACCUCUGGCCAGCACUCCUCUGCAAGAUGGCGGUUCCCCACCACCUCCACCGCCAAAGACGACCGACGAUGUGCCAACGAGUUCUCUACGAGAGCGACUGCAACUUCCUCCGAUACUUGCUAUGGCAUCGUUAGCCCUCGACAUCCCGUCUUCUCCCAUGACACCCUUGUCACCAUCAGUGCCGUCUAAUUCGACCGAGUCCCCCACGUUCCCUGGGGAAAGACCCAAGAAACCUAGUCCGUUAACGGACCUGAUAGAAAGCGAAAAGCUUUAUGUAGAUCUCCUGACGGGGGUCAUUCGAAAAGUAGCUGCGGCGUGGUCGAAAUUAAAUCUUCCCCCACCGGAGCUGGACGUCAUGUUCCGUAGCAUAGAGAGUGUGUACAAAGUCAACCGUACAUUAUUGAGGAGAUUGAAGGAUAUUGGAGAAAAUCCCUCUUCUCCGAAGGCUCUCGGCGAUCUCUUGAUGCGCUGGAUUGAUGAUCUGGAUCGUCCAUAUACGAUAUAUACUGAAACAUAUUGCUCUGGAUUCGACUCUUGGGAGCCGGUCAAGUCGAAUCCGAAAGUCGCAGCUGUAUUAGGCGCGUUCUCACUUUCCAAUCCACCCCCGCCUAGUAUCGCGCAGAGUAGUCAGCUUCCAGAUCCGUCUGUUUGGACGCUUGAUGCUCUCUUCCUUCUCCCGAAAGGCCGUUUGCAAUACUACAGGAAGUUAUAUAGCAGAUUACUUAAAAGCACGACCCCCGGUCGAAGCGAUUAUCGUCUAUUGACAGGCGCACUGGAAAAGCUUGACGCCCUCUUGGAAACCCUUGAUAGUAGAGCCGGCUGCAGAGUUGAAGCUUAUUCGCCUUCUUCGGUGACGUCGGAGGGUGCCAAUGGGUUGCAGGCACCUGUCGUGGAACUUGCACCUGGUGGUGCUCUUCUUGCCGGGCGGUUCGGUGCUGGUGGGUCAAAUAUGACUGUCUUGGCGACGAGCCGUCCCUCCACAACAGAGCACUCAGCAGAAAGUCUGCCUGCUCGCAUUGACUCUGAUCCGGUACUGGCAGUAGCUUCCGUUUCAGACCUAGAGAAACGCUUGACAACGGAAAAAACACUCGAUAUCUUUACAAUGGAACCCAAGCAAGUUCGAUUACAACUUCUACCACCGUCGUUACCAUAUACCCGUCAAUUGCGUGCUUCGGUUGCUGUGAUCAUUCGAAUUACCCCUAAAUCAACCGGAGUAGAAGUCGUGCAUCGCCACGGCCACAUCUUUAUCCUGUCAGAUCUCUUUCUCGUCUGCGAACGAGUAUCUCCGGAAGAGAGGCUCGCCCUCGAUGCAGACAUUCGCUUGUGUUACCCGCCCAUUUCAGGCAAGGUUCUUAAAGUGACGGAUGUACCUGAGCAAGGCAACGCUCUAAAUGUUUCCAUCAUGCGCAAAGAAAUGCUCACCUUGGAGGCUAAUUCCCAACAUGCACGAGAUCAGAUCGUGAAAGAAUUCAUGGAGUGCAUAUCGUUUGCCCGAACUAUUUCUGGCGCUGCUCGGGAGCCCGUUCCCCCUCUGCCUUCCCAAAGUGUUAUCCCUCAGCCACCUUCAAAGUCUCCUGCGAGCCCCCCGGAGCAACCGAGGUCGCAAUCAAAUGGGUUUUUACAACAAUCAAAAACACAAGUUAUUGAUGAGGAAUUUGGCGGAAAUGCCUCACCGUCGGGGCCAUCUAACUCUACCCUAGGUCAUACCUCACCGACCCAGGAAACUGUCAUUCAGCCCGAUAUUCCUGUUUCAUUGGGUCAUUUACAUGGUUCCCGCACCAGCGCUGGAAGCAGUCUUUCUAGUGCUGUAGUGUCGCCCGAGUCCCAAGCAGCCUCUAUAGCUCACCGAGGAACAAGAUAUCUCCUGCAAUCCUCUUUUGUGCCUGAACAAGUUAUCCCUCCUGCUCGUAGUGACAGCAUACGGUCUCCCUUUCCUGACUCGGAUGGCAUAUUUUCAAGAACUCCAAGUCGUGUCCAUUCGCCCCCCUCGCGAAGUUCCAUUGGGCAGCCUACACCGCCUGCUUCAGUACAUCCUCUUCGCCAUCAACUUUCUCACCAUAGCUUACAUCGAGGUCCACCUCACAAUCCGCCAGCGGGCAUGCCUAUUCAACACUUUCCCCGCCCAGCCACCAGUCACACAUACUCAUCGCGCCCUCCUGGAUCCCAAUAUGGAGCGCUUCCCCAGAGACCUCCUUCAGAGCCACCGAGGCUUCAUAAGUCCCCGUCAUCACGGUCGCUGGUAUCUCAGUACGUACCCGACCACGCUGCUCCGCCUCCAAUGCCAUCCUUUCCUGGAGGGCUGCCGGCAUCGCAGCGUCCUUAUCCGGGCGGUGCUAUGAGUCCUACAUCUUCCCGACCAUUUCUUCCGUCUCAGAUGGGGUCGAGAACCAAUUCCUUGGGCGAAACUUCGCUCCAGGACCCUAGUCCACCUACGUCACCAAUCGAAGAGCCGCGGCCUUUUGGCCCGACUCGAUCCACAGUUACUGCCCAGAUGAAAUGCAAAGUGUUCCAUAAACAACACCACGCACAGUGGAAAUCGCUCGGAUCAGCUAGACUGACACUUUAUAGACAGGAGCCAACCAAUAUUAAGCAAUUAGUCGUUGAGGCUGAUAGCAAAGACAAAGGAAUUCUCAUAUCAACCAUCGUUUUGACUGAUGGGGUGGAACGGGUAGGGAAGACGGGAGUGGCAAUUGAGCUUAGUGAUGCUAAAGGUGGUCGUACGGGCAUUGUCUACAUGAUUCAGCUACGGAGUGAAAGUUCUGCGGGCGGGCUGUUUGAAACAUUGUUGGCAGGAUCCGACAGGUCGUCCAAGUAA